UCCGAUAAUAUCCCUGCUGCCAGUAAACAAAAAGGAAAAUUAUGGAUGAUCAAUUGGGAAAGUUUUUGUUGAUAUUUCUUUUUGAAAGUUAGUCAAUAGAGUCAGAAUUUGCGCUUAAAGAGAGAUCUGCUUUCUUCAUGUUACCUGUUGGAACACCAUUUGGGUUCUAUAAUGCACCGGUCAGUAAGGCGUUGCUGGUCAUCACUGGAGCAGCUUCCACAUUGAACAUUUUGCUUCCAGUGCUUAAAAUCCAAACACUUAUUGAUUCUGGAAUUCUUAACUAUAUUCAUAACUCAUAUAUAAUAAGGGGGUUAUUACGGUGUUUAUGUUACUCAAAUGGAAGGAAUUUGUUUUUUGGAUCGUUCCUGUUGUACAAUUUCCGAAUAUUUGAACAUCGUUAUGGUUCAAAAAAAUAUUUCGACUAUAUUCUGGCAUCAACUGUACUUGGAGCUGGUCUGCAAUGUGCAUUAAUGCUUACCCAAGAUUUGAAAAUGGAGGAUUUUCCCACUGGACCGUUUUGGAUGAUUUUUAGUCUUUUUGUACCAUUUUAUUUGUCGAUUCCCUCGGUGAAUUCCUCCAGUUUUUUCAGGUCAAUUCCGUUGACCGGGAAGCUCUUCACUUAUAUGAUGGGUUUACAGAUGUUGCUCUCUAAUAAAGGCACAUUUUUAUCCGGUGCGAGUGGAAUGAUUGCCGGAGUACUUUGCCAUUUUAAUGUAUUUUACAUCCAACGUUGGCUUAUUGUCCCUCGUGCAAUUAGCAAUGUUUGUUCUCGAAUGUUUGGAAGUCUAUUUCAAACUGCUACCGUCGAUAGUACAGAAACGCCUCAAGGUGCUACAUUGGAAAUCCAACGUCAAAUAAGGAUGGACGAGUUAGAUCAGCAGAUGUGGAAUCUGCAGCAAAUAGACACAACACAAAGACGGCCUAUUAUAGGAAACCCAUUCUUUGGACCAGCUGUUGCCGGACCCUCCGAAACUAACAGGUCUGCUGCAUCUACUCAACAACCAACAACUGAAGUUUCAGAAGAACAGAUACAGCAACUGAUAGAAAUGGGUUUUACCAGAUACGCUGUCCUGCAAGCACUAACCGCUUCGAACAACGACAUCUCCAUAGCAAUGAAUAUUUUACUCGCGGAAUAAAGUGUUCACUAAAGAUAAUGCAACAGAUCAAAACUGGAUCGAGCUGUCCAGAACUGCAUGGGCAUUGCUAUUAAAAAAAAUAACUACAUAAAACCCUAUAGAUAUAAUAAUUUUUUAAACGUUCUAUUUAGCCGUAAUUUUCGUGAAUUCAAGUCAUUCUGUAUUCAAAUCUGUCAUCGCUAACUGCGCAUUCUAUGACGAAGCUCAUAAACAAAUUAAACGAAUACGGAACGAUUUUCCUUAGAGCAUAACAUGGAUCGAUUUAAUUACGUUGUAUAUGUUUCGUGACAUUCCAAAACGUUAAACGGGUUGUAAAGCUACUUCCGCUUGUUGGUCUCGUCCAUGCAUGUGUUUUAUAUGCAUGGUUUUUCCGUGUGCCAAAUUCUUGCAAAGCCAUGCUUAAAUUCUUUAUAUAUAUAAGCCCCGUUUACACUACAGUCAAUUUAUCGGCACGGC